CCACUGUUUGUCUCUUCCAUACCUUCACCCGCUUUCUGUUGAGCAGUUAGUUAUCUACAAAGUGCGACCCGAAACCAUAAAACAUAAAAAUCUCUUCUUCGCUUUACUUACUUCAAGCAAGUCUUGUCGUUAAUCCAAGAGUUUUAUCACCCCCAAUUCGCCAUGAGAUUCUCUACCGCCUGCGUGGCUGCCAUGUCCGCUAGCCUGGCUUCGGCUGGAGGCUGGUUUGGCGGAUCCAAAGAGGUCGUCAUCAAGGACGUGCAGAAGGUCCCCGGUGACUCUCCGCUCGUAUUCUGCGAUUCGGACCACAGCAAUGAUAUUAUCAAGAUUGAGAGCGUCGAUUUGCUACCGAAUCCUCCCGAGUCUGGUGCCGAGCUGGUUAUCCACGCCACGGGAACCGUAUUCGAGCGUAUCGAGCAAGGCGCCUACGUCGACAUUGUCGUCAAGUACGGUCUGAUCCGUCUCCUUGCCACCAGGGCCGACUUAUGCGAACAGAUUGGGAAUGUAGAUCUCGAGUGCCCCAUCGAGAAGGGUGUCCUAUCUAUCACCAAGUCUGUUGAAAUUCCCAAGGAGGUUCCUCCGGGAACUUACAACGUCUUCGCCGAUGUCGCCACCGCUGAGGGCAAGCCCAUCACCUGUCUUCAGGCUACGGUGAAGUUUGGCGGCAGCAAACAGGACACCAUGGGUGAUGGUGACCUUUAAAUGGCUCCUUAACUAUCGAGAUGGAGCUGGUAUUGCCGUAUUAUCAUUUGAAAGCAGGUCCGGAUCUACAAUAGGAUUGACGAUCACGAAUUACAUGGCACUCUUUUGAUGGACGGAAGGGCAUGCUUUUUCCCACGUCUGGAUUUUAAUGGACUCGAGGACACCACAGUUUGAUUUUGUUUCCGCAAAUUUGUUUCAACGUUUCUUUGAUACUGCAUGGUAACGGAACGUAAUCAGAUGGUUUUAGCAUUAGUUCGCGCAUAUGCAAUGAUACCCCCUGUGGGGGAAUAUUUGAGUCCUUGAAUCACGG